GACAGCCUUCAGGGUUGCUGGCGCAGUGGUUUCACGGGGCUAAAACUGCUUAACAAAUCAACAGAACAGCUGGGAUUGAGAACAACAGUUGUCAGAGUGGACUUUACAAAAUAAUCAGUGGCGUUAAUUUGGCUGCCCCUCAUGAGAGAAGCGCUUUGAAAAUGCAAACCUCCCCGAAUGGCUUUGUUCACACAAGUGGAUUUAUGCCCUGCUGUCGGUGGUAGUACCAAUCUGAUUUUCUGUUUGAAUUUGUCCUUCAAAGGAAGCCUACAGGAUGAGAUGGACAGUCUUGCUCUUAGAGUACUUCUUGGUGAAAGUUCUAGUGUUGUUGUGCCGCGCGGAUGGAGAAGCGCAGCAGCAGCUCGAGGGCUUCAUCAUGCUCUCAGGAUCCAACGGGUCUCGGGAUGAGGAGAGCGGCGUUUCCGAAGCUCCACACACAGAGGACAAAUGUCGGGGCUACUACGAUGUCAUGGGACAGUGGGACCCGCCGUUCGUUUGCCAAACAGGCAGUUAUUUAUACUGUUGCGGCACUUGUGGCUUCCGCUUUUGCUGCGCUUUUAAAAACUCUCGUUUGGAUCAGAGCACCUGUAAAAAUUACGAUACGCCAGUAUGGCUAACAGGGCAAACACCAUAUAAGAAAACUGACCCUAGACAUGAUCCAACCAAGGAUAAAACAAACUUGAUAGUAUAUAUAAUAUGUGGAGUAGUGGCAAUCAUGGCACUGGUGGGGAUAUUUACAAAACUUGGACUAGAAAAGGCUCAUAGACCUCACAGAGAAAGUAUGUCUCGAGCUGUGGCAAGUGUGAUGCAAGGUGCCCAUCAGGGUCAUCAUGAGGAGGCCAUCGGAAUGCACACACAGCAUUAUGACACUGUGCAGGCGAGAGCAAACAACAUGCAAGGUGGCCAGAUGAACAGCAUAAUGCAAUCCCACCCGUAUCCAGCCCUCAGUCAGCUGUCCCAUGUCUAUGAGCAACAGAAACCAGGAAAAGAGCUCAACAAAUAUGCUUCACUGAAGGCUGUGGCGGCCAAAGCCAAUGGUGACUUCCUCAACAAGCAACACCGCCACUUGGUUGAGUUGGCGGCUAAGGGAAGCCUGCCCCUUCAUUCAGUAAGAAUGGAGCAUGUGGAGCCCACAGCUUCCUACGUCACAGAGGUCCCAUGCCUCAAGCAAAAUGGACAGAAGCCCAAGAGCAGUAAAGGCAAUGUGUCCCAUCCCGCAAUGACCUACAGUUCCAAUACCAUCGCAAACCCAGGCAUUCUGAGGAGCUGGGAGGCCACAGAGACUGUGGGUCGACGCAAAACCUACGGCCCCAGGAAGCUGUGCACAGUGGAGCAGGUUAAUGAGCUACACACUGCCCGCAGUCAUCAUUACCUACCCACGCAACCCUACUUUGUAACCAACAGUAAGACGGAAGUGACUGUGUGAGAGGCUGAGUAUCCUUUGAAGAGAGCAACAGAGAGCCAAAAGUGAUUAUCGUCAAAAAACGACUCUCCACACUGCCCCAAGAAGACUGGAGGCACAGUAGGGGUGAGCAUGUGAUGCUAUGACUGGGCACCAGAGCCACCAUCCGCUGACUAUGAGGCCAGGAAUACUUUGAAUUGUUCACCAAUAUUUAUAUCCACUGUAACAAUGGUGUGUUUGUGUUCUGUCAGUGACAAAGAAACAGAUGUAAAGAGCUGGCACAAGAAAAUAUUCAGAUCAAACUAGAAAUUGUUUAUUGUAAUAAGAUCUAAUAAACGUAUACAGAGAGAAUGGCUAUAGAAAGACACGACAUAAGUGAAAUGAAAAACAUUGCAUUAUCUAUCCCAGAUAUUAAAGGGCUGGCAUGGAGUAUGAAUCACAAGGUGAUGCUCUUAACUAAAAUAAGACACCAUAAAUGGGUCAGGUGCAAAUAUUGAUUUGAUGACAGGAACAGUAUUUUAAAAGAUGGUGGAAAAGACAACAGUGGCAACUGGUUUGAGGCUGUGCCUUUUGUUUUCACAUUAUAAAGUAUCUUGGUCAAGCAGCUAAAAACAAAUGCUAAAACAUGUUUGAUUCUGGAGUCAGAAGAGGUGGCCACAUAUGCUAAUUAUUUCAUGCAGAGUGCCACGAGGUAGCAUUGUCAUGCCAUGAGCAACACUGUUAAAAGAACAUAGAGUCUUGGGCACAUUUGUGUCUGAAAGUCCUUGAUCUUUGGUCUCCUUUUUGUGUAACAUUUGGUGUUACUUUCUUAUGUGUACUCUCAAAUGCAUAAGAGCAUGUUGAAAUACUUGUUAAAUGUUUUUUCACAUCAGUAGGUGUAUCUGCAGCUCAGUUGCUGCCACAUUUAAAGGGAUAUAUUUUACCCAAAAUUUGAUUUGGUCACUGUGAAGGUCGGGGAGUUUAGAGAAAGGUCUGUUCCAGGUUAAAUUAACUAUGGUUUUACUAUAGUAAUCUUGUAGAAACCAUGUUUUUGUUUUUUUUGGUGGAAAACAUAGUUUUAAUGCAAUUAAUCAUAGUGUUACUACAGUUAUAGGGUGUUAAUAUAGUAACCAUGUUUAAUUUUGUGGUUACUAUGAUUUUGCUACAAAAUACCAUGGUAAAACUAUGGUUACUGUAGUAAAACCAUGGUUAAGUUUUGCAAGGGAAGGUUAGGGUUAGGGGUUGGUGUGAGGUGUCUGUGGGACUCUAAAUAAACACAAUAAACAAGCUGUAGUGUUGCCCCUAUACUGUUUGUUAGUAUUUAAUUAGGGGUGCAAAUAGUAUCUGCCACUAUUUGCAUCAGGGUGCAAAUAGCAUCUAACACUAAUAUUUUUGGUUGCUAUUUACACUUUGUGUGUGUAAAUGGCAUCUAUCACUAUUUGACUUCGCAAAUAGCCUCUGCUGUUUUUAAAUAUUUGGCAGAAUAUUAGGAACUAACAGCCUCAAUCAACAGUCACUUUCAUUGCAUUCUGCCCAACAUCACCUUUUGCAUUCCAUGGAAGAAAGAAAGUCACACAGGUUUGGAACAACAAAUGAGGGUGAGUAAAUAAUGACAUAAUUGUAAUUUUUUUGGGUGAAGGUUUUUUGCUCUUUUGCUUUCACAAUGUGUCGUACAGAAGGGACUAUUUAUUUUUAUUCCAAAAAAUUUGAUCAUAUAAGUAUAUAUAUUUAUACCAUUGCCAGUAUAUGUAUGCAAAUUAUACAGUACAUUGUGCCAAGAAGUAGCUGGUUAAAGAUGAUGUGUUCGGUUAUUAUUUAGCAUUAUUUAUUAUCUGAUUUAUUCAACAGUAUGUUGGAAACAUAAUGUUUCUGUUGCUACAUCAUGCUAUAAUGGAGUGGUAGGUCUUGCAGUGAAGAUUAACUUUAAAAUGGAGUAAUAGAACUGGAAUAAAACAAAAAAUUUCACCCUUUUUCCCCCUCCCAUCUCUGUCUUUGGUGUUAACAGGAUGUUGCAUUGUGAGAGUUUUGUAAACAGGUCGAUGAACUGUGUUGUAUCCAAUUGAGUUAAUUCAGCAAUGCGUAAACCUGGAAAUAUCAGCCCAAAGAACUUGACCCCCUCCUGCACUCUGAGUGAUCAUGUGGAAUAACUCUAGUCUAGGAUGGAUCCUGUCAGCCUCACUGCCUAUUGAAAAUGUCUAUCUGGUCCAUGCCUCUCAGUUAUUCUGUUGUAUGUUGUGUGUUGUGUGUGUGCAUGUCAUGCUGAGCAGUAAGCAGAGCCACAGUUGCAUGUUUUUGCAUCAUGGCAUAUUACCUUUGCUGAUCUAUUUUCAUUUUUCACUUUUUUACAUCAUGCAUUAAAUCUGAAAUAAA